AUGAAAACAUCAACAUCCCUAGGUCCAGACUGCUAUGAAAAAUCCAUCAUUUUCCAGAUCGGGUCGACUGCACACGGUGAUACACAGGCACAUGGUGAUAAAGAGGCACAUGGUGAUACACAGGCAAAUGUUGAUACACAGGCACAUGGUGAUACACAGGCACAUGGUGAUACACAGGCACAUGGUGAUACACAGGCACAUGGUGAAACACAGGUACAUGGUGAUGCACUGGCACAUGUUAAUAUAAAGGCACAUGAUGAUACACAUGCACAUAGUGAUACAGAGGCACGUGGUGAUACACAGGCACAUGGUGAUACACAGGCACAUGGUGAUAAACAGGCACGUGGCGAUACACAGGCACAUGGUGAUACACAGGCACAUGGUGAUACACAGGCACAUGGUGUUUUACAGGUACAUGGUGAUACACUGGCACAUCUUAAUAUUAAGGCACAUGAUGAUACACAUGUACACAGUGAUACAGAGGCACGUGGUGAUACACAGGCACAUGGUGAUACACAGGCACAUGGUGUUUUACAGGUACAUGGUGAUACACUGGCACAUCUUCAUAUAAAGGCACAUGAUGAUACACAUGCACAUAGUGAUACAGAGGCACGUGGUGAUACACAGGCACAUGGUGAUACCCAUGCACACAGUGAGACACUAGCACAUGGUGAUACACAGGCACAUGGUGAUAAACAGGCACAAAAUGAGACACUAGCACAUGGUGAUACACAGGCACAUGAUUGGACAUAUGUAUAUGGUGGGACACAGGUACAUGUGGGACACAGGUACAUGGUGGGACACUGGUACAUGGUGGGACACAGGUACAUUGGGGGACACAGGUACAUGGAGGGACACAGGUACAUGGAGGGACACAGGUACAUGGUGGGACACAGGUACAUGGUGGGACACAAGUACAUGGUGGGACACAGGAAAUCUCAUGAUCCGAUUCUGUACGAGUAUUUACCGGCAGGUCCUGUACGUGCAUUUACUAGUACCGGCACUGCGGCAGACCUGAAAAUGUUAAGUUGGAUUUUAUUUACAACUCUGCUUUGCAUUCUCGCUUUUUUUUACCUUAAAAAACCAAAAGUUGUUGGUCCAAGAAUGCCUGGUCCUAAGGGUGCUUUGGCCUGUGGACGGGAAAUGGGAAGUAUGCAAAUGGGAAAAGUAGCUUUUCUUGGUUUCCAUCAGCUGUCAAUGAAAUGGGGUAAUAUUCUAAGUUUAGAUUUGGUAGUUCAGAAAAUGGUAAUUUUGGCGGGUUUUCAAGAAAUUAAACUGGUGCACUCCUCGGAACAUGCUGACUCCAGGGCGCCACUAAUUAUUCCAAACUUGAUCUUUGUUGGGAGCCAUGCUACAAGAGGUAUUCUGUUUAACUCUGGACAAGCUUGGAAAGAUCUGCGUCGGUUUACGAUCAAAUCAUUGAAGGAUCUGGGGUUCAACAAAUCUGCCUCUGAAGACACUGUUCUAGUGGAAACUAAUGCUCUAGUUUCUGAGAUCAGAGGACAAGCAAAGUUGAAGGAUGGAGUAGUCAAUAUAGACCUGCUGUUUAAUAAAGCUGCGUUAAAUAUUGUUUGGAAGUUUGUAUCUAAUCAAAGAUAUGAAUAUGAUGAUCAUAGAAUGCAUAAGCUGCUCAAAGUGCUGGACACAUUUAUGACUAUAGGAACUCAUGUUAUGGGAAAACCGUUAGGAAUACUUCCCUUUUUGAGGUUUUUCCCUCCCUUCAGGCAAACCUUCAAUAAUUGCUACAAUGGAAUAAAGGAGCUUCGAGAUUUUAUCCAGGAAUCUAUAGACGAUCAUGUUAAACAAUUCGAUAAAGACGACAUCAAGGAUUAUAUUGAUGUGUUUCUAAAUGAGCUGGGAACACAGGAACACUUUAUAAUGGAAGAGCUGGUUAUUUGCUGCCUGGAUCUUUUUACAGCAGGAUCGGAAACUUCAAGCAAGGGUCUUAUGUUUGGUAUUGCACUCAUGAUUAGGAACCCUGAUAUACAGUCUAGAAUACAGGCAGAAUUAGAUCUACACCUACAAGGAAGAAAGGUGGUAACCAUGGAGGAUAAGAUCCACCUACCCUACACUGAAGCAACUAUAAACGAAGUGUUCAGACUUUGCAAUGUUGUGCCUGUUGUUGCUCCACAUCUGGCAACCAAGGACAUUCAACUUGGACAAUAUACUCUUAGCAAGGGUACAACUGUACUCACUAACACCUAUUCUGUACAUAUGGACCCAGAGCACUUUAAGGAUCCGCACACCUUCAAUCCAGACAGAUUUAUUAAUCAGAAGGGAGAGUUCGAGAACGACGAAAGAAAUAUUCCUUUUGGAAUUGGGAAAAGGUAUGACGAGAGGG